AGACACCGUCAAGAAUUUCAGAUUCCUAUCAAUUCUCGUCAUCAACGAACGAAAUUUUUUGUUUAAUCAAGUGUAAAAGUAUUUUGUAGCAGUUUAAUUUUAAAUUAAAUUGUGCCAAAGUAGCUUCAACUAACAAACGUGUAAGUUGCUUAUAAGAAGCUAAAAAGAAAGUCAAUCAAAUGCAGUGAAAAGCAUAAAAAACAACUUGAAAUGUAGAUAUGUAUGUACAUGGACGGCAGCUAGAAAAAGUGAUGACGGCGACAAUUUCGAUUGGUGCACUGCAAUUGCUGUGUGUUCCACUAUCAGACCUACGCUUUUACUUGAAUCCAAUAGUAAAAAGUGUUGUUGACAAGUUAUCAGAUUUUGUUUUAUUUCAAUAUUAUGAAGUAAACUGCUGUUGUUCAGUGCUUAUAUUGAAAACGUACAAAACCGGCCACGUACAUACAUACGAAUAUUUCGUUGGUGCUUAUUUGUUUAUAUAAUUUUUUUAUUUGGAUAACGUUAUAAGCAUACUGCGAAAUGAAAGUUAAAGAGUUGCAGAAGACGGUAAACAUUGCAUGGUCACCGCUGCCACAACAUCCCAUUUAUUUGGCAGCGGGUAGUGCUGCACAACAACUCGAUUCGAACGUAAACCCAGCAUUGGAAAUAUAUUCCACUAAUUUUAGUGAUCCGAGUUAUGAUCUGGAAUUAAAAGCAAGCCUACCCAGUCAGUAUAGAUUCCAGAAGGUUAUUUGGAGCCCUACUGGUUACGAUGGUGCUCAUCCUAAUGGCUUAAUUGUAGGCGGUUGUGAGGGUGGUCAUGUUAUGAUUUACUCUGCUGCUAAAAUGCUAGCCAAUGAAGAAGGUCUGAUUGCACGACAAGAUAAACACACCGGACCGGUUAGUGGACUUGAUGUUAACCCAUUUCAAACCAAUUUGCUUGCCUCAUGCGCCUCUGAGUCGGAAAUAUUUAUUUGGGAUCUUAAUAACACCACCACGCAUAUGAAUCCAGGCACUAAAACACAACCACUUGAAGAUGUACAAAAUGUCGCUUGGAACAGACAAGUGCAACAUAUAUUGGCCUCAGUUUUCAGUUCACGUUGUGUUAUCUGGGAUUUACGUAAAAGUGAGCAAAUCAUUAAACUCUCCGACACACAAUCGCGCGUUCGUUGGCAUGCCAUUCAAUGGCAUCCGGAUGUAGCUACACAAGUUUGGCUAGCUUCAGAGGAUGACCAAGCGCCGGUUGUACAAUUGUGGGACUUGCGUUACGCCACCGCGCCAGCAAAGACAAUGCAAAUUCAUCAACGUGGUGUACUUGGUAUGUCCUGGUGUCCACGUGACAUUGAUCUAAUGGUAUCCUGUGGCAAAGACAACCACAUCUAUUGUUGGAACCCUAACACCGAUAUACCCGAAGGCGAAAUACUCUCGGAAGUAGCUGCUACAGCCACCUGGUAUUCGGAUGUGCAAUGGUGUCCGCGUAAUCCAGCGCUGGUCGCUAGUUCAAGUCUUGACGGCAACGUGUCGAUUUAUUCACUUUUUGGCGGUACGCAACAACAGGUGCAAACAUCUAAUAAAAUAGCAGACUCCUUCCCCGGUAUGGAUCAAAUAGCGCAGGCGCCCAUACCACAACAAUCGACGCAGAUAGUGUAUCAUGACUUGAAACGGGCACCGAAAUGGAUUAAACGCCCUUGCAGUGUUGCAUUUGGGUUUGGCGGUAAAUUAGUGCAUUUUAAUAGUCAAUCGAAACAGGUGCAAGUCUCGCAGGUAGUCACUGAACCAGAAUUGGUAGAGCGCGCUAACGCGCUUGAGCGAUCUCUCACCGAAACAAAUUAUGUUGAUUAUUGUCGCGAACGUGCCGAUCAAAUGUUGGAUCAAAAUGGACGUUAUUUAUGGUAUUUCAUAAAGGCGAACUUCGAACUCAAUCCCAAAGAAGAAAUGUUGAAUUUACUUGGUUUCAACAAAGACGACAUAGAUAUUAAAUUUGCUAAAUUUGUGAAAGAAGAUGAAGCGCAACAAAAUGAAGUGAAUCAAGUGACGAAUCGAUUAGCGAAUCUCUCGCAUAGCGAUUCAUCGGAAGUUGAGUGUGAUCAAAGUACUGAUGGCAGUACCGACAUAUCGCAACCGGUGGAUAACAAUGCAAUAUUCGACGGCAUUGCGGCCACACAGAAGCAACAGCAGCUGCAGAAUGCAAAUGCCGCAAAGCAGUUCGCCAUACCCAAAGGAGAACAUCCCGAUAGUCUGAUCACUGAAGCAAUUCUCACUGGUAAUCUGGAAGCUGCUGUCGAACUCUGCCUUGAAUCGCAACGCAUUGCGGAGGCGCUUAUUGUCGCCUCCACAGCUGGCAUUGAUUUUCUUACUAAAAUUCACAAUCGCUACUUGGAGCAGCAACAAAACGAGUUAUCCAAUGUGAUUAGUGCGCUGGUGACACGUGAUUGGUUGGAUUUUAUCAACCGUUGCACUGUAGACUCAUGGAAGGAAGCUUUAGUCGCGGCCCUAAAGCAUAGCGAUCGCAAAGUGGUUGACAUUUGCGAACGUCUCGGUGAUCGCCUACUGGAGGAGCGUGCGCAAAGUAUCGAUUUUAUACGUAACGCUAUGCUAUGUUAUGUGUGCGCUGGUAGUAUUGAUAAAUUAGUGUCCGCUUGGCAUCAAUUGAAAGCAUUGGAGCACCAAAACAAUAAUUAUAAACCGAAUACGGCCGAGUUACAGGAAUUGGCCGAAAUUGUAAUGUUAAUGAGCAAAUCUUUGGAACAACAAGGAAUUGCUUUGGAACUAAAUGGACGCUUUGCCGACUUCAUUACCGAAUAUGGCGGUCUAUUGGUAGCGCAGGGUGCACUCACAGCCGCUUUAGCAUAUAUUUAUGCUUUGGCUUCGGGCAAUGAUGAACAAAAUGGCGAACUGAUGGAGCUGCGCGAGCGCAUAUAUAAUACAGUUAAUUAUAGACCAAUGUCUGCGGCUGCCACUGGACGUGUAGUAAAUCAACAGCAACAAGCACCUGUUGCACGCGGCUCAUUUUCGCAUGGAUUGCCACACGCUGGUUAUGGCGGCACAAACCAAUUUGGAAACAAUCAAGCGGGCAAUUGGAACACAACCGGGCAAUUGCCAACACCUAGCGGCUCCGCUGCAAUAUUGCAACAAACCCCGCUGUUUAAUCCGAUUGCAGCCACGCCGUCGUCUACUGUGACAGCCAAACCGCCACUAGCCGUACCCGGACAUAUCACCAAUGAUGCACUGAACACACAGCCACCACGUCCGGCUAGCAAUGCCAGUUCACAAGGUGGCAGCGGCAUCAAUUUACACUCACGCUCCAAGUACGUGCUAGAUCCGUCAGUGGCUUCCGCUGGUCCCAUGGGCGGUUACGGUGGUGGUUAUCAACCACAGGUAGCAGCACCAGCUCCAGCUGCCAUACCUACAUUCAAUGCAGGUCAAUUUAAUGCGUCGUUAGUACCAACGCCUGCUCAACCAAGUCUGAUGCAACCGGCUGCACCAUAUAAUAUGGGCGGUGGUGCACCUGCGCCGUAUGGCUUAAGUGGCAGCAACAACUACGCUGGUGGUCUGACAUCUGAUAUUAGCAACCAACAGCCACAACCACCGAAACCACCAACACAGAGUUUACCGCGCAGCCGUACACCACCACCAGGCUGGAAUGAUCCGCCGGCAUUGAAGUCAACACGUGCGCCCAAAAAACCAGAGCCUACACCCGCAUCUGCGCCCAUAACUCAUCCCCUAUUCGGCGUUGAUCCGAAUCAAAAUCAAAAUGGUUAUGCGGAUCCAUAUGCGCAAUAUCAGAAUCCCGGUAUGCCACCACCACCAACCGCCAACAGCAAUAUUCCAACUAACUUACAACCCAAUGACCCAGUUGGCUACUAUAAUCCAGCAUUGCCACAAAAUAAUAAUUUGCCAACGCAGCAAUUUCCACCACAACUGAACUUCCAAACAUCAGCCAGACCACAGCAACAACAACAACAACCAUGGAAUUCACAGUCACAAAAUGUGGGCUACACCGAGCAGCCGGCGCCAGUGCAACGACAACCGGAACCCGUAAAAGAGAAGCCGCCACUACCGGAGGAAUAUAUUUAUCUGCAAACGGUGUUGGAAGAGUUGAAGAGUCAAUGCUUGGCCGUAUCGGCUGAUCCGCGCACCAAACGGAAAUUUGUAGAUGUUACCAAGCGUUUGGAGAAUCUUUAUGACUGUUUACGUGAUGGCAGACUUCACUCUGCCACAAUCGCAGCUCUCAAUCAAAUCGUACAGUUCGUGCAAGUGGGCGAUUAUGCCAAUGCCUUGCAAACGCAUACCCAAAUCGCAUUCGGCUCCGAUUUUUCACAGUGUGCUGGCUUUAUGCCGGGUCUAAAGGUGCUUGUACAAUCGGCUGCUGAUUUACAGGUUUAUCUACGUUAAGUUACAAAAACUAUAUGAAGAGUCUACAAAUGAAUUUUAUGUCGGUAUAAAUUAAAUAAUUCCAUUUUUGUCAUAGCUAUUAUGUUCCAUGGAUUUUGUCCUUAUAUGUAUUCUCUUGGUUAUUAACAUUCAUUGAAAAACGAAAAAAAACAAUGCCGCGCAUAAAGAUUGCAUAGUGGUAAAUAUUCUUUUACCUCAAUAACUAAUUGUUUGUCUUACUUUAACCUCUAUGUAUUUACAAUAUAAUAACUUGCUUUGUGUUUUCGUUUUUUUUUUUCAAAGUGUACUUUAUAUAAAAAAAAUUAAAUAUACGUAUCGUAAACUCAACAAUAUACGUUGUACUAUAUAAUAUGGAAUAUUUGAGGUUGUGCAUACGACGUCAGAAACCAUGCAAUAUUAAUAAUUAUGGAAUUGUAUACAAAAAUUACGAUAGACUAAUAAAAAUAUGCAUUUGCGAAAAGUGAUUUGCAUUUCUUGUUUGA